UGGAAAAUGGACACUUGCAGGUGCAAAACAGCCAUAGAUCAUAGACAGCACAGCUCUGCAGCAACUUGGUCAGAGGGUAAUGUGUGGUUAGGUGAACAGGUUACAGUUCUCUUGCUGGAUGGAACGCAAUGGACAUGCUGGUGCAAAUGUUACUGUUUAUCCUACGAAGAGUGAAGUGACCCCUUCUAGUGACAUUUUACAGUCCACUCAAGAAGCUGAGCUGGCUACAGAGACAGACACACAGGAAGACGUUUUUAACCGAAUUUUGAAAGCUAAUGCAGACACCACCCAGCGCUUGCGAGAAGGUGACAUUGUUGUGACAAAGAGCCGAAGUGCUAUUGGCUGUUCGGAUCACUCAUGUUUUUGGCCCCAAUCCAGCGAUGGCAUUGUCCGUGUCCCCUAUGUCUUCUCCCCCGACUAUGAUGAGGCACAAAUACGGUGGAUUAGUGAAGCCAUGGCAGAGUUUGAAAUUCUAACUUGUAUUGAUUUUGUGAAUCACACAACAGAAUCUGACUAUCUAAGUAUUAAGUCAGGAAAAGGCUGCUGGUCCCACUAUGGAAAGAUUGGAGGUGGCCAGAUUCUGUCUCUGAUGAAGAAAGGCUGCAUGUGGAAAGGGGUAAUUCAGCAUGAACUGAACCAUGCACUGGGCUUUCUACAUGAACAGAGUCGAAGUGACAGAGACAGUUAUGUAAAGAUUAUGUGGGAGUAUAUUAGUGCAGGUAAUAAAGGCAACUUUAAAAAAUCUGAGAAUUCCAACAACCUAGGCCUUCAAUAUGACUAUUCCUCAGUGAUGCACUAUGGCACAAAUGCUUUCUCUAAUACCCCUGGAAGAGCAACUAUUAUACCAAUUCCUGAUGCAUCUGUACCUAUUGGCCAGAGAUAUGGACUGAGUAACCUGGAUGUGGCCAAAAUCAACAAGCUCUAUAACUGCAAUCGCUGCAGCAUCAUCCUUGAUAGCCCAUUUGGGUCACUGAGCUCUGACAACCACGCGUCAAAAUACUCAAGCAAUGCUACCUGUUUCUGGCUCAUCCGAAUCCCAUCCAAACGGGUUUCUCUGCAGUUUGAUGCCUUUAGUCUGAAGUCCUCCACAGACUGUAAAACUGAAUAUGUUAAAAUAUAUGAUGGGGUCAGCCAGUCUUCUGAGGUUCUACUGGACAAGACUUGUGGGACAAAGAGUCCCCCAGUUGUAACAGCUUCUGGUAGAACUAUGCUUGUGGAGUUUGUCAGGGGUGGCACUGGUGCAGCCACUGGAUUCAAGAUCUCCUACUCCUCUGUAAAGACACCACGCACCACAUGAAAGGAUCAGCAUAUGAGACAGAAGAAAAGAGCCUAUUCUGUGAAAAUCUAAAUUAUGCUUUUUCUACUUUGCUUCCUUUUCUUGCUAUGAUCAAAAGGAAAUUUUAAUUCUGUUAUGAAUCAAAGUCUCCAGCUUCUGUAGCAAGUGUGCUCCCUGAUUCAGGUAUAAAUGGGAUCCCCUUGUGUCAUAUGAUAUCUGUCCUCGACAAGGGUGUAGAAAGUUAUUGUCUGCAUGGUUAAGUUAUUUUCUCUUUUUAUUUAACUAACAGCAUUUUAAUAAAAUCUUCAUUUAAAAAAUA